UGGUUGAAUUCGCAUGGGCCAAAGGUUAGCUAGUUCCUUGCGCUGACGUUGUCUAAACGGGAAAAUGGCGGUGGGACAUCAGUCUGCAGGCGAAUGUGGCCGAUAUUUGGCUGCUAAAUGCAAGAAACGGAGUAAUAGCAUGGCGCAGACUUCACUAUCGGGAAUGAGAAAUGUCCUGUUUGUGGCCACAAUCGUUUGCUUGUUACAAGGAGCCCGUGGAGAUAGCAAGACGCUAGUUCUGUUGGACAACCCAAAUAUCAAAGACACCCAUUCAAUCUUCUUCCGCAGCCUAGCCGACCGAGGAUUUGACCUUACCUUCAAAACUGCAGACGACGCUAGUCUGUCCCUAAUUAAAUAUGGACAAUUUCUCUACGACCAUCUCGUCAUUUUCUCCCCGUCGGUGGAAGACUUCGGUGGAAAUAUAAACGUUGAGACCAUUACAGCCUUCAUUGAUGGAGGCGGAAAUGUUCUCGUUGCUGCAAGCUCUGACAUUGGUGAUCCCUUGAGAGAACUUGGCAGUGAGUGUGGCAUUGAGUUUGAUGAAGAGAAGACUGCUGUCAUUGACCAUCACAACUAUGAUGUGUCAGACCCUGGUGAUCACUCUUUAAUUGUUGCUGAUCCAGAGAAUCUUCUGAAAGCACCAACCAUUGUUGGCAAACCCACGGAGAAGCCUAUCUUGUUCAAGGGUGUUGGCAUGGUGGCUGACCCAGACAACCCUCUGGUGCUGGACAUCCUGACUGGAUCCUCCACCUCCUACUCCUUCUUCCCUGACCAAGCCAUCAAGCAGUACCCACAUGCUGUUGGGAAGAACACACUCCUAAUCGCUGGUCUCCAGGCUAGGAACAACGCUCGUGUGGUCUUCAGUGGCUCUCUGGACUUCUUCAGUGAUGCCUUCUUCAGCUCUGCUGUGCAGAAGGCCGCCCCUGGAUCCGAGAGACAUGAUCAGACUGGCAACCUGGAGCUGGCCGAGGCCCUGUCGCGCUGGGUGUUCAAGGAGGCCGGCGUGCUGAGAGUGGGAGCAGUCACCCACCACCCUGUUGGAGAGAGCACCCCACCCGCUGCCUACACCAUCACAGACCUGGUGGAGUACAGCGUUGUGAUUGAGAUGCUGUCUGAGGGACAGUGGGUGCCUUUCGAUGGUGAUGACAUUCAGCUGGAGUUUGUCAGGAUUGACCCCUUCGUCAGGACCUACCUCAAGAAAAAUGGUGGCAAAUACAGUGUCCAGUUCAAGCUGCCAGACGUGUAUGGCGUGUUUCAGUUCAAGGUGGACUACAACAGACUUGGAUACACACACCUUUACUCUUCCACACAGGUGUCUGUUCGUCCACUGCAGCACACCCAAUACGAGCGUUUCAUCCCCUCUGCGUUCCCUUAUUACGCUAGCGUCUUCUCAAUGAUGGGAGGACUCUUCCUCUUCAGUGUGGUGUUCCUGCAUAUGAAAGAGCCAGAGAAAGUGAAGGCAGAUUAAGUUAUGGGAGACUAAGGGGGUUAAAGUAAUGCGUGUGACUGAGGGGAAAGGGUGGGUGGGGGUGAAGAAUGUCAGGACCACUUUCACACUGUUGUGCACAAAGAUAACUUGUACUGCACAAGAAGUUGUGUGUAUGCACCUGGCUUAGGUUGAAAGGACCUAAAACAGCCCUUCCACACUGUGUAAAUAAUGUUUCUUUUUUGCAGGAUUGAGGGUUGCCACGUCAAAUUGAAAGAAAUUAAAUGAUUUUAUAACUGGCAGCAAAGUACAUGUUUUUGUUUUAAUAAAAAAAAUAAGGACCUCUUUCAAAAGAGUCAGCAAUUCAGUAAAAAAAAAUGCACUGAUAACUUGGUUCCUGUGUUAAGAUGGCUGACAAAAUGGAAAAUUUUCAAUGUUUGUACAAAAAGAUAUUUGUGUCCAACAACUGAAGUAAAAUGUUGACAUUCCACCCUA